UUGGAAGAAACAGACUCCGCCAUAAAAACUAGGAACUACGAUACAACAACCCAACAAACAUCGUUCCAUUUCCUAGAAUUGGUGAAAUCUCGAUCAACAACAAAAUGGCUAAAGAGGAGACGUUUAUUGGAUCGAUAGAUCAAGGAACAACAAGCACAAGAUUCAUCCUCUACAAUAAGAAAGCUGAAAACAUUGGAUCCCACCAAAUCGAGUUUACUCAGUUCUGCCCACAUGCAGGAUGGGUGGAGCACGACCCUAUGGAGAUUCUCGAAAGUGUGAGAAUAUGCGUAUCAAAGACCAUAGACAAAGCCACCGCUAAUGGAUACAACAUUGACAAUGGCCUCAAAGCAAUCGGAAUCACGAAUCAGAGAGAAACCACCGUUGUUUGGAGCAAAUCCACCGGAAUUCCUCUUUACAAUGCAAUCGUCUGGAUGGAUAUACGAACCAGCUCCAUUUGCAGCGAAUUGGAGAAAAAGUUAUCAGGUGGAAGAACCCAUUUUCUAGAAACAUGUGGAUUGCCAAUAAGCACGUAUUUCAGCGCGAUGAAACUGUUAUGGCUUCUGGAGAAUGUGAAGAGGGUGAAAGAAGCUGCAGAAAAAGGCGACGCAUUGUUUGGAACCAUUGAUUCCUGGUUAAUCUGGAACUUAACCGGAGGCAUAAACAACGGCAUCCACGUCACCGACGUGUCAAAUGCAUCCCGAACAAUGCUUAUGAACAUCAAAACCUUAAAUUGGGACAAACCCACAUUAGAAACACUCAAAAUUCCUUCAUCCAUCCUCCCAAAGAUCAUCAGCAACUCCGAGGUCAUCGGUCGCGUCGGAAAAGGAUGGCCGUUCACCGGAGUUCCGAUUUCCGGUUGUUUAGGCGACCAACACGCAGCGAUGUUAGGGCAAGCCUGUAAAAAAGGGCAUGCAAAAUGCACUUACGGGACCGGCGCUUUCAUACUCUUGAACACCGGUGAGGAAGUAAUCAAAUCGCAACAUGGAUUAUUGACGACUUUAGCCUUCAAGCUCGGGAAAGAUGCGUCCACAAACUACGCCCUAGAAGGUUCAAUCGCCAUCGCCGGAGCUGCGGUGCAAUGGCUGAGGGACAGUCUUGGAAUUAUAAGCAGUGCGAAAGAGAUUGAAGAUUUAGCUUCAGAGGUUGAAUCUACUGGUGGGGUCUACUUUGUCCCUGCUUUCAAUGGACUUUUUGCACCAUGGUGGCGUGAAGAUGCUCGAGGAGUUAUUAUUGGGAUUACUCGGUUUACAAAUAAAUGUCAUAUCGCUCGAGCUGUUCUUGAAAGUAUGUGUUUUCAGGUGAAAGAUGUGUUGGGUUCGAUGCGUAAAGAUGUAGGUCACAGAAAUGAAGGGAGGAAUGAAAAAGGGGAGUUUUCUCUUAGGGUUGAUGGUGGGGCCACUAUUAACACCAUGCUUAUGCAAUUUCAGUCUGAUAUAUUGGGUAUACGAGUCGUGAGGCCGAGUGACAUAGAGACAACUGCACUUGGAGCAGCUUAUGCAGCUGGUUUAGCGGUUGGAGUUUGGAGUGAAAAAGAUGUAUUUUCAAAUGAGGAAAGAAUGAAGAAAGAUAAGACUUUUAGUCCUGUGUUGAGUGAGGAAUUGAGGAAGAAGAAAGUGGAUUCUUGGAUUAAAGCUCUGGAAAGAACUUUUGACUUGGCUGAUUUGUCCCUCUAGUACAAUAUUAUUACCAUUACUUUCUCUCUUAUUAUUCAAGUAAAGAUAGUUGGAGAUUGGUCUUCAUACGUUCGCGAGUGUAUGGUAAUUCUUUACGGUUAAUGGUGAAUGCAAAUUAGAUCGGUAAAAGACGCGGUUGAUGAUUUUUUUUUUCCUAUGAAACGUGU